UUUCAUCGAUACAUAAAACUAAUACAAGGCUCAAAAAAUUACUGAAUAAAAGAGCAUUCCUAAGGCUGAACGAGCCUGAGCUUAAACACAGAGUCGAGCCGCAAGCAGUUGUAUUUGGUAUUUUACACUUUUACAGUCUCCACCAUGUUUUGGAGUUUGGUUGAAACUGGCGUCACAACUCAAAUGUGAAAGCUGUCAGCUAAGUAUGUUAGCUAUGUCUCAAACAUGCAGUUGGUAGCUCAUAGGCUUGCAGAGCGCUGACGUGUAUCGUUAAUAACUGCACACUGUGCGCAUGGAAAUGAGCUGUCUAACCACAGAUAGCUGUAGCCUACUUCCAGCUGAAUUCUUUGUUGUGAAACUGCUCAGUGUGAGUUCCUCAUUUGUGCUCAUGAAGACGCUCAGUAUGGCAGUACAAGGUGUUUUCCUGUGGAUGCAAGCCUGCGUGGUCCUGCAGCUCUGCUUAUCUCAUGUCCCGCGUGCUGCAGCCUCAGAGACAAGUCGAAAUUACUACAAAACUCUUAAUGUUGAGCCCACAGCAAGUGACAGCCAGAUAAAAAAGGCUUUCCGCAAACUGGCAGUGAAAUACCACCCUGAUAAGAACAAGAGUGUCGAUGCAGAGAAGACUUUCAGAGAGAUUGCUGAAGCCUACAAGGUGCUUUCUGACAAGGAGAAGAGGAAGUUGUAUGACAAUGCGGGGCAUGCAGCUUUCCUACAAGAAGAGGAGGCUUCCUAUAACUCUGAAGACCGACAUGAGUCAAGCUUCCACUUCAGUUUCGCAGACUUCUUCAAUGAGUUUGAUGAGAAUCCCUUUGUGGAGGAGGAGAUCUUCCACUGGAGCUUCCAACAGGAUUGGGAGGAUGAGGGUGGUUCAUUUGAACAUUUCAGUUUUGUGGAACCUGGUUUCAGCUUUUUUUAUGAAGAUGGGGAUGAAAAUGAAGAAACGCACCAUAACUAGAUACCCUGUACUGUUGUCCUGUAUCCUGAAUGAUUGCUAUGGUUUAAAGCAUUCUCCUUUAUAGAUAAUAAAAAUUAUAUUGUAAAUGGUUAACUCAG